AUGACACUGGCAAAGGAACACCUCAUCCAGGGGGUGGCAACAAGAGCCACCAGUGCAGUGUUAGAGGAAGCAGGGAAUGCAGCAGAGCCAGUAAGCAAGGCACCACGGAGUGAAGCAUGCAGCAGCCUGGACAGCACCYUUGAGGAAAUCUUACAAGAGAGGCAGUCACAGGCCCGGUCCGUGAGUAGCACAUCAGCAGAACUACAGGUACAGACCUUCCUCUCAGAGCAAACCACCCCUAAGAAAAGCAACCCACUUCAGUACUGGAAAGAACAUGCUAAUCAGUUCCCCUCCAUGGCUGCUGUUGCAACCCAGUACCUAUGUGCUCCUUGCAGCUCUGUGGACAGGCUUUAUGUUCUAUCUACAAACAUGUUCAGAGAGUACCACUACAUGAACAUCUCAAAGACGUGGGCAGAAGCUCAGAACUUCUGCAGAGAGGUGUAUACGGAUCUGGCUACUGUGGACAGCCAAGACGAGAACAUCAGGCUGCUGCUGCUUGCAGCUCAGGAGCCUGGAAAACAUGCUUGGAUAGGGCUUUAUGAUGACACAAAGAGCUGGAAGUGGACCAUGGGAGGUGGUCGGUACGACGGUGAACGUGGUUUCUUCCACUGGGAAGCCGGUGAGCCCAACUAUGAGGGCGGAAAGCAGAGCUGUGUGGUGAUGAACUGGAUUGGUUUUUGGCGUGAUGAAAUCUGCGAGACGGCUCGUCCUUUUGUCUGCUUUGAUGAACAAGGCCCCUCCAACUACAUUUUAGUGAAAGAUUUUAUGACCUGGGAUGUUGCGAGGAAUUACUGCAUGUCCAAAUACACUGAUCUAGUCACAGUGAUGAACCUAAAUGAGAAUAAUGAAAUCUACCCAAUGCUGACAAGAAAUGUCUGGAUUGGUCUUCGC